AUGGCUGUGACCAGUCACCGGAACAUCGACCUGCGGUCAGCCAAUCCCUUCGAACAUGUGGAAUUCCUUCCUGAUCUGUCGGGGGAGCUGGACGAGUAUCCGUUCUUCGCAGACAAGAAGGUCGAAACCGAGCUGCCAGCAACUCCAUUGCAAUACCAGAUUCUCGAGUCUGACACGGUGCAGUGGUGCAAGCUCAAUCUAGUCCUGCCGCAGCAACCCCCUCCCAGCUUGACACACAUCCAGUGGACCUGGAAAGCCCUGACCUCUCAUCAUACAUGCCUCCGCACAGCCUUCGCCGUUGACAACCAAUCGGGUCAGAUUAUCCAGCAGGUGCGUCUGCAGGCCUCCGAAGCGCGAUGGCAUGUAGACCCUACAUGGACGCCGCCAUCGUCGGGUCCCUCCACGCCGGCGGAAUCUACGCCGUUCGAAGGCGAAGAUCUCCUAAAAUCCCUGGCGCGGCUGACAGUCCAUCGGAAUCCUCUUUCACCUUUUUAUCGGGUGACUCUCCAAAUCCACCGGGCUCUCGUGGACACCACGUCUCUUGGUCUCAUCAGGCGCGACUUCGCGCUCCUUUAUUGCGGGUUGCCCAUUCCAGAGCAUACACCGCUGCGGUCCUAUCUGAUUCGUCAUCUUGCUGCAAAACAUUUAGCUGCAAGCCGUACCUUCUGGCAGGACACUCUUCAUGAUGUGACCGGUAAGAGCAGCCGACUACAGAUUUGGGAGCCGGUCAGUCAGCGAUCAACUGUUUCCAUGACGUUGGCGGACCACGACGUUGCCGGCCUGGCCGAGCUGGAAAUAGCAUGUGGCUGGCCCCGUCAAAUCCUAUACGAAGCUCUCUGGGCCACCGUUCUGCACUAUCAUCAUAGUCAACGGGACGUCCUCUUCGCAGCCUCCCGGCGGGAUGCCAGCUUUCCUGGGGUGGAGUCCUGUGUUGGACUGAUUGACCAAAUCUACCCCGUGCGGGUCUCCGUGAGCCCAGAGGAGACCUUCAAGGAACUGUUCACCCGGUUGGAAGUCUAUCAUGCCGCUGCCUCACCUCAUGGCUAUCUUGGGUAUCGCGAAAUUACUCGUGACAUGACAGCACCCGUCGACUCGGUCAUCACGUAUGCUCCCGACCUGGGGGGUCCAAGCCUGGCUGGCCAACUCACCGGAUUCCCCUUGGCUGUGUUUAUCACCGGGGUUAGCAAAGUGCAGAUUACCUGCUGUUACAACGCGAGUAUUCCUGCUCCUGACGUGGACAUUCUGGUGCAGCAUUUUGUCCAGGCUCUGUCGAGUGCGGCUCGCAAGUUCUACCUUCCUCAUUCCAUCAUCAGCCAUGUGGAACUUGCCUCGGAAGAAGAGAAGAGCCAGAUUGUCCGGAGCGCCGCACAGUCAGCCCGAGAAUUGGAACCCUCCAAAAACAGUGUGACUCAGCUCUUUGAGGAGCAGGUCGCUCGCAGCCCCGAGCGAACUGCGGUGGAGUUCGAGCACGACCGGCUCAGCUUCGCCGAGCUGAAUGCACAGGCCAACCGAGUCGCGCGCGUCCUAGGGCCGGUGCGUGGUGAAAUUAUCCCCCUAUGCAUCGACCGCUCAAUCACCCUUAUCGUCGGGAUUCUGGCUGUUCUCAAAGCGGGCGCCGCCUACACAAUCCUCGAUCCCGAUGGCGCCACAGAGAGGAAUCGUCGCAUUGCAGAGAACUGUGAUGCUCCGGUGGUCCUGGCCAACCGAGCGUAUUGUGCAGAGCUGCCUAAAGCGCGGCCCAUUGAGGAUUGCCUUCGACUGGCACAGACACUGGAGCCAUUCAACCUGUCGCUGGACGUCGAGCCCGAGGAGCGCUGCUAUCUGAUCUACACGUCCGGGUCCACGGGAAUCCCCAAGGGAGUUGUCGUCUCACAUGGAGCCGCGACAGCCGGCAUACAGCAUCAUUCGUUGAAUGGGUUGCAGCGUUGGCUGCUCUUCUACAGCCCGAGCUUUUCGGCGGCGCAGCGGACCAUGCUGGCUACGUUGGUGCACGGCGGUACGUUGCUGCUGGCAAGCAAAGCGCGUCUGAUUUCCGAGCUGCCGGCUGUGGUCACAGAAAUGCAGGUUGAGGCCAUGGGCAUCACCCCGUCCGCCCUGUCAGUUCUUGAGCCGUCGCAGGUGCCACAUGUGAAACAAAUCACGCUCGUCGGCGAGGCCAUUCCACCAGAGAUGGUUGAGCUCUGGUCAGGCCAAGUCCAGCUCCGCAACACCUUUGGCCUAAGCGAAUGCACGCAGCUGAACUUCGGCUGCAUCUUGACCCCUGGAAGCAACCCAUGUAUCGUAGGUCGGCCCGCAGAUACCACCCGAGCCUAUGUGUUACUGCCAGAAACUACAGAGCUGGCCCCCAUCGGUGUCUCGGGCGAGCUCUGCCUGGCGGGCCCCCAGCUGGCCUCUGGGUAUCUCCACGACGUGGAGCAGACCGAACGCGCUUUCAUUCCCAACCCCUUUGGCCUCGGCCAGCUCUAUCGCACAGGAGAUGUGGCACGUAUGCACUCGGACGGUUCAUUCGAGAUUCUGGGGCGCCUGGACUGGCAGGCCAAGAUUGACGGCCAGAAGGUGAACCCGGCCGAGAUUGACCAGGCGCUCCGGCAUCACACCAACGUCGGGGCCUCCGCAACGGUGGUUCUCGAUCUCUCCGGCCGACCCCGGCUACUGUCCGCUAUUGUUAUGAACUCCGAUGUGCCCUCAUGGUCCGAUGUGCUGCCAUCCAUCCGUGAACUGGCGGCCGAAACACUCCCGCGCUACAUGAUACCCUCCUUCUGGCUGCCGAUGAAGAAACUCCCAACGACUGGAAACGGCAAGACGGACGUCAAGCGCAUCCAAGAAAUGGCCGUGGAACUCGGAGUGGCUCGUCUGGCUCAAUUCAGUGCUCCCGAUGUCGAGGCAAAUGAUGGCUCUCUCGACGCGGAGCAGACUGGCAUCGCAGAGGCAUGGUCUGAGGUUCUAGUCGAUGCCAUUAAGGCCGUCGGAGUCCAUCGCCGACGUGGUCUGGUAAUAGAACUUGAGACUUUGCUGGACGGCUCGUCAGUGGAGCAGACCGCUGCCGCAGGCUUUGCCUUUCAGAAACAACACAUCGAUGCCCCAGAGGCAUUCUCCCUGGUUCCAAAAGAUGCCGCUAGCUUGUUACACGACAAUUCAGACCUCUCAGACGCCUACCCAGCCACACCGUUGCAGGAAGGCAUUCUAGCCACGUCGCUGCAGAGCGAGGGAGAGGACCGCUACGCCUACCAGCGCGUGUGGGAUGUUUCACACCUCGACCUGCAACGCCUACAAACCAGCUUUAAGCACGUCUUUGCGCAACGAGACAUCCUCCGGACAUCAUUUAUGCCGCACCGCGCCGGCUUUCUGCAGCUCGUUCGAUCCGAUCUCACCCUGCCAUGGGUUGUACUCGAUCAGAGUUUGGAGGAGUAUCUGGCGGUCGAUAAAAGCCAGCGAUUCGCCAUGUCUGAUCUACAACUGCGUCUGGCUGUUCUCUCACGCGGCUCACAGAGUCUGCUCGUGGUGACCAUGCAUCACGCCCUCUUCGAUUACUGGUCCCAUAGGUUCCUGUACGAGGAUGUUGCAGCUACGUAUUUGGGCCACCCGGUGCCUUCCCGACCCUCCUUCAGCCACGUCAUUCGACAUCUGCAAUCUCUACCCCUGGAAGAAUAUGAUGCUUUCUGGCAGAGCUAUCUGUCCAACACGGAACCCACCCAGCUGAAUACGACUCCCCAGCGUGAGACCAGAAUCGUUCAACAGACUCUGCCUAUCGACUUGCGGCAGGCGCUGCAGCUGCACGGGCUCUCCCCGGGGGCUGCUAUCUACAUGGCAUGGGGGAUCGUGCUGGGCCGGCGAACAAGUAGCUCGGAAGUGCUCUUCGCGACAGCCUUAGCCGGCCGCGACAUCCCCGUGGUGGAAGUGGAACACAUCGAUGGGCCUACUCUCAACAUGGCUCCCCUCCGCUUAUCAAUUCCCGCGGACUCCUCGCUUCUAGACCUGAUCCAAAUCGUGAGCCGCGACCUCUUGCACGACCGUUCUGACAAGGAGCGAACAAUGUGGCAACCCUUUGGCAAGAGACCGCCAUGGGAGUCCGAGUUUACCACGCUGGAAGUUGUCACGAAUGAUCCCGGGCAUCUCCAGAUCACCCUAACUGCCAAAAUGGAAGAGCGCCAGGCCCAGUUCAUCAUGGAAUCCUUCUGCCGCAUUCUUCUGGCUGUGUUGGAGGAUCCACAUCAACCAGCCUCCGCAGUAGAUGUCAUUGGUAACACUGAGAGAGAAUUCCUGUCGAACGAGCUGUCCAAUCGCCGCCAGCUUCAUGUGCCUUGGCCUGAGCUGCUGCAGGAGGCCUUCGAACGACAUGCGGCGGGCACGCCGGAGGCAAUCGCCAUUGACUGGAACGGGGAAGACACCACUUCGUACCUACAGCUGGAUCUGCGAGCCAACCAGCUGGCCAACGAGUUGGUCCAGCGUCAUGGUGUCUCCGUUGGAGACAUGAUUCCACUGAUGUUGGAUAAGUCGGUUGAUAUGCUGGUUGCCAUUCUCGGGGUCAUGAAAGCCGGGGCGGCCUAUGUGCCGCUGAGCCCAGACAAUCCCCUAGACCGCAAUGCGUUCAUCAUCGGCGAGGUCCAGGCCAGGCUGGUCAUCACCCAGACCGUCCAUUCCACGUUAAUUCCUAUCAACGACGGUCUUUCCCACAUGCACAUAGAUCAGCUGCCGCUGGCUGAUGUUUCCACCGAACGGCCUAAUGUCUCUGUCACCCCCGACCAACCGGCGUAUGUGAUCUACACCUCGGGAAGCACCGGCAUGCCGAAGGGCGUGAAGGUGCCCCCACCGCGCUGCGGCUGCCGCGGUGUGCAGGACUUCUUCAACACCCUCAGCACAGGAGGUACCCUCUGCCUGGCUCCCACUGAUCAGCUCCAGUCGGACCUGGCGGGCCGGAUUCGCACCAUGAAGGUCCGCCAGGCCAUUUUGACUCCCACGGUCGCCAAGCUGCUAGAUCCCCGCGAAUUGCCAUCCUUCUGCACGAUGAUUGUGGGGGGCGAGCCCCUAACACGAGAUGUCAUUGACAAAUGGGCGCAGCACGAGCUACUAAACGUGUACGGGCCUACGGAGACCGCGAUGGUAGUGACCACCAAGGCCGUCUGGGAUGGGGUCCGGCCGAGCAACAUUGGAGCGCCGUUCCCCACGGUCAUGGCGUUUAUUCUUCAGGCCGAUGGGCUCGACCUGGUUCCAUACGGCGGCGUAGGCGAGCUCUGUAUUGCCGGGCCACAGGUCACUGAUGGAUAUUUGAACCGCGAUGAGCUGACUGCGGCAGCUUUCGUUCGGAAUAUGGAACGUAUGUAUCGCACCGGCGAUCUGGCUCGAUGGCUUCCCGGUGGAGAAAUCGAAUGCCUGGGCCGCAAGGACAACCAAGUCAAGAUCCAUGGACACCGGAUCGAGCUGGCCGAGAUAGAACAUGCCAUCUACCAGACAGGUUUGGUGCAUGACGCGAUCGUGAUACCGAUCCAGGUCAAUCAGCGAACCCAUCUCGCCGCCUUCUGUAUAUUUACCCCGAUGCGCUCCAGCGACAUUCAAGAUGCAGAUGGCGACUAUCACGGCUUCCGGUCACAGCUCCGAGAGGGCCUUACCACGCUGACACCGUACAUGAUGCCAAAGUACGUGUUUCCGAUGGGCGACCUUCCCAAGUUGCCGUCACGCAAGACGGACCGGAAGCUCCUUCGAAAAUCUGCCGAAGACAUGGAUUCCAUAAAUCGCAACCGCUACAGCUUCGAUGCGAGCGAUGCACAACACACCGUCGUCCCGGUAGAGACCGUGGCGGAAAUGACCCUGGAGAGCCUGUGGAUGCAAGUGCUGGACUCUCCCGCCGAAAGUUUGGGCAAGAAGGCAAACUUCCUGGCCCUAGGUGGCGACUCGAUCGCGGCCAUCAGUCUCGCUAGUCGAGCCCGCAGUGCGGGCUACGUUCUAAGUGUCAAGAAUAUCCUGCGUAGCGGCGAAUUGGGCCGGAUGGCUGCAACUAUGCAAGUCCGCGAGGCCGAGACUGACACGGAGCCUCUGAGAGCAUUUGACGUCCCCACAGCGGUUGCUGAUGCCAUCCAGCAGGCAGGGCUCCAUAUGGAACGGGAUGUCGAUUACGUAUAUCCCUCACCCCCAGGCCAAGUCGAAUUUCUGACGCAGGGUGCUCGUCCCGAGCAGAUGUGGGUCCUUAUGGCGGUUCGUCGCAUGCCAGAUGGAUUCGAUGUUGACAAAUGGGUGGAGGCCACUACCAAGUUAACAGAGGUCGAUGAUAUCCUGCGCAGCUCAUGGCUGCGCGCAUCUGAUUCCCAGUGGUACGGCGUCGUCCUGAACCGGAGGGUGCCCACGGUCACCUUCGCCCGCUGCGAGGACGAGGAGCAAAGAGCCCUGUUCAUCGAGGCCUUCUGGGAUGAGCAAUUCGUCUUUGGGACGCCCUUCAUCAAGUUCGCCGUCCUUACCUACCUGGACGGUGCCUGUGACGUGGUCAUCAAGAUGAACCAUGCGGUAUACGAUGGAACCUUGCUGCGCAUCCUGGAUGAUCAUUUUGCGGCCAUCUGCCAAGGUCUCCCAGCCCCGGCCCAUGGCCAGUUCCGGGACUUUGCGUUAAAUGUAUAUCGCUCCGAUCGGAAUUCCUCGCGCGCAUUCUGGCAUAAGACUCUUGCUGGCAAGGACAAUCGCUUUCCCGAAUGUGAGAACCCGCGGAUCGACGCGUCUAUCCGUCGCAUCUUCGCCACCGAUCUGGAGCCAAUGGCGCAUGCGGCUGGGGUCACUAUCCCCGUAAUCUUCCAGGCCGCCUACCAGGUGUGGCUCUCCCGAGCCACUGCGCGAUCGGAUGUCGGGUUUGACUAUUUGCUCAGCGGUCGCAAUGUCGAUAUGGGCCCCGUCGAUCCCCAGACGGUCAACGGUACCCUGGCCAAUUUCCUCCCGGUCCAGUGCAGUGUCGACUCGACGACAUCGAUGGUCCAGUACCUUCAAGACACGCAGGAUCUGUUCUGGGCGAUCACCGAGCAUGGCAACAUGGGCCUCGAUGAGAUCUACGAGGUCGCCGGUGUCUCGCGUGUCACCUCUGGCAACGGGUCUCUUUUCCUCUUCCAGCCAUUCGAGCCCUCGGACAAUGCGGAUGAACUCCGCUGGCUGGUCAUGGCCAAGUCGCAAGUGCGGAUGUUCCAACCGUAUGGGCUGGUGGUUGAAGUCGCGAAGGCAGGCCAGUUGCAACAUCGGCUCACGGUCAUGUAUGACCAAGGCCACUUCACCGAAGUGGAGGCCAGCGGAAUCGCGGAUGCCCUUAUAACUAUCGUGGAGGAAAUGGCAGGCGCUGUGUCAUCACCUGGGCGCCGUCUUGGGGAGAUCUUCAUAGAUCUACAAGCAGCCGAUGGGACAAUUGCCUAA